AUGGCUGCCGACCCGUCAGCGUCGGCGUCGCCGCCGCGGCUGCCGCUCAGCGGUAGCAAGCGCAGCUUCGACAUCGCCUUCCUGGUGUCUUCGCCGCGCGCAGUGCUGGCCGCCAAGCUGGGACUGCCGCCGCGCCUGCCGCUCGGCUACCCGCUGCAGGUGGGCCUCGAGCUACUGCACAAGCCGAUGCUGCCGCCGCUGGCCGCCGGCGCGCUCGGCGCCAUGCUGCCGGGCCAGAACGUGUGCGCCCUCUGCCGCAUCAGCUUCCGUAUGACGUCCGACCUGGUAUACCACAUGCGCUCGCACCACCGCCGCCAGGGCGACGUGCAGCGGCGCGCGCACGAGGAGAAGCUGCGCUGCGCCGUCUGCGGCGAGACAUUCCGCGAGCGCCACCACCUGACGCGUCACAUGACGGCUCACACGGAGCGCGACGGCGAGGAGGCCAGGUGAGGCCCCGCACGCAGAGGCGGCCUCUCCUAGGUACAGCCGAGGUCUAGACGCCGCUGAGGUCCGAGGCCUCCGAAGGUGCCGCUUACGUCCACAGACGUCGCUGGGGCACCGCAGAGGUGUCUCGAGGUGUGAUCUCAGAGGGCUACGAGGCUUUUUGUGCGGCGAUCUCCUAGAGAUGCGUCAAUGUCCGGUGACCUCCCAGGGACGUGGUUGAUAACUCGCCCACGAUAUGGCGCGGUCACCCUCGUGACAUCUGACAGAACGUCGCGUGACAGCCUCUGUCCGAUGGGGGACCGACUCAAUCUCCGCCGCGUCUAGGCUCCAGUGCCAAUACAGACCUGAGCGUUCCCCACAACAUCCCAGACCGUUCCAGCCACACCCCUGCACGUCACUUCCGACGUGCCAACCUGAAUAGUAUCCCGCUCUGAGUAGCGUCCCACUCACAUCUCUUCCGGCAUCCCACCACUGCACCUGCUCUGCGCGACCCGGAGCGCUCUCAACAGAUGUUUGACUCGUCCGAGAGCGUAACCCGACCUGAACGGCUGCUGAUGGCACGCUCUGGAGGGGUCGGAUCAGACUGAGGAUCAGAUCAGGCGGAUCAGAGGCGAUCAGACCGAGGCGCAUGAAUCAAAGACAGGCCUGAAGUCGCGCAGCGGCACGAGGUAGUGUGGUUCGGAGGACUCCAGUGAGCUCGGUGUAUGGUGGCGUUUGAAGUCUCCCGCUCUAUCUCCUAGCUGGGAUGUGUCGAGUGUCAAGUGCCGGCGAUAGCUCGACCACGUCAUGCAGAGCCGGCUGAAGGAACCCUAUGCCGAUCGGUGCUCCCGUGGAUGAUUGUGCUUCGACUGUAUGACACUGUAGGUGCGUCCUCGAGGUAUGUUUGCGAAUCGCUGGAGCUGCGAGCGGACCCCUGAGUGUUGGCGAACCGCUGGAGCUGCGAGCGGACCCCUGGGUGUUUGUGAACCGCCGGAGCUGCGAGCGGACCCUGAGGUAUGUUUGUGAACCGCUGGAACUGUGAGCGGACCCCUGUGUGUUUGUGAACCGCUGGAGCUGCGAAUGAACCCCUGGGUGGUCUGUUGUCGAUUCACUGAUGAGGCUUGUGAAUGGAGACAUGUGAUCACGUAUUGCAGACGAUGGGUGAUACUGCGUUAUUGCGCGCUCGGUUGUUCUUAGUUCUAGCUGUGUGCGGAGGGCUAGCUGAAACGACACUGGACGCCCUGCGGUGUUGCUGAUGAACCGCUACAUUCGCUGGAAGGAGUAUUGUGCGAUGUGCAUGUGACACGGCACGGACGCCCGGUGUGCUCGUGGCUUUCCUGAACUGGCGCAUUAAAGAUGGCAGUUUUUCGUGGCUAAGCUUAUAGGCAAUGCCAUCAAACUAAUUUGAAGACAGCUAGUGUUACACUUUUAGCCUGUUGGUAACAAGAAGGUUGCGGAGUGCUUUGCCGUGCCAUGGAUUGCGUUUUGAAUGUAAGAAUAAAAAGUGACUG